AUGUCUUACGCGUAUCUCUUCAAGUAUAUCAUCAUCGGCGACACUGGAGUUGGAAAGUCAUGUCUUCUACUUCAGUUCACUGACAAGCGCUUUCAACCCGUUCAUGACCUGACCAUUGGUGUUGAAUUUGGUGCUAGGAUGAUCACAAUCGACAAUAAGCCAAUCAAGUUGCAAAUAUGGGAUACGGCAGGUCAAGAAUCCUUCAGAUCUAUUACAAGGUCGUAUUACAGAGGGGCUGCAGGUGCACUGCUUGUUUAUGAUAUAACCAGGAGGGAGACAUUUAAUCACUUGGCUAGCUGGUUGGAAGAUGCAAGGCAGCAUGCAAAUGCAAAUAUGACAAUCAUGCUGAUUGGAAACAAGUGUGAUCUUGCUCACAGACGGGCUGUAAGCACAGAAGAAGGUGAACAGUUUGCAAAGGAGCAUGGGUUGAUCUUCAUGGAGGCCUCAGCAAAAACUGCUCAGAAUGUUGAAGAGGCCUUCAUAAAGACAGCUGGAACCAUAUACAAAAAGAUUCAGGAUGGAGUUUUUGAUGUAUCAAAUGAGUCUUAUGGAAUAAAAGUAGGAUAUGGUGGAAUUCCUGGACCAUCUGGAGGUAGGGAUGGCCCUUCUGCUGCUGGUGGAAGCUGCUGCAGUUGA